GUGCUAAGAAGUGGAAUUAGUCACAGGCGAGAUUACCGGAGUUAACACCCUCCGCGGAAUAUGGCGGUGGGAAUGAAUUGGAGGUUACUGUGUAGCGUCCGGAAGCAGCUGCUGAAUAGAGUCACUGCGGGUACAGAGAGAAAUAUCUCCUGUGUAUUUAUAACCAGAGGUAUCCAGAGCAGCACUUGGUGGGAUGAACAUCUCUCUGAAGAAAACAAACAAUUUCUAAAACGUGUGACUGCAGAAGAGUAUCAUGCUCAAACAGCAAGCAAGCUUUGCCCUCUAAAAGAUGAACCUUGGCCCACAAAGCCAUGGGAACCUGGUUCCAACAGGGUUGGUGUGAUUGCAGUCAAGUUAGGAAUGAUGCCGAUAUGGACUAAAUCUGGAGAUAGACAUGCUGUCACCAUGCUACAAGUUCGUGACUGUCAUGUCGUUAAAUAUACACCUAAGGAGGAAUUUGAUGGAAAAACUGCAUCUCUCACUGUAGGAGGAAAAAAUGUAUCCCCAUUUUAUAAACCAGAAUCUGCAAUGGAAUUGUAUCGAGAAGCUGGAGUGCCUCCAAAGCAAAAAAUCAGCAUAUUUAAAGUGUCCGAUAAUGCUAUACUUAAGCCAGGGACCCCACUUUAUGCUGCACAUUUCCGUCCUGGGCAGUUUGUGGACAUCACAGCAAAAACGAUUGGUAAAGGAUUUCAAGGUGUGAUGAAAAGGUGGGGGUAUAAAGGUCAGCCAGCUUCCCAUGGGCAGACUAAAACACACCGGAGACCUGGAGCCAUAUCUUCAGGGGAUCCAGCUCGCGUGUUUCCUGGAACAAAGAUGCCUGGAAGAAUGGGUAAUGUCUACAGGACAUCAUAUGCCCUUAAGGUUUGGAGAGUGAAUACCAAGCACAAUAUCAUUUAUGUGAAUGGUUCUGUUCCAGGGCAUACCAACUGUUUAGUAAAGGUCACCGACACAAAAUUGCAUGGUAAAAAACUCAGUGAAAACCUCCCAUUCCCUACAUAUUUUGCUGAUGGAGAUGAAGAAUUACCAGAAGAUUUAUAUGACGAUGAAGUUUUCCAGUUCAGCGAACCCUCAGUUAAAUAUGUUUGAUGUUAUAUAAUGAGAAUGGAAAGGUUAUGUCAUUAUGAAAUAUUAACCGAGUCUGGAGAAGGUUUUCAGUUUGUAAAAAAAUCAAAAGGGCAUCAACCGAACAGGAAUCAAAUGGAAUGCUCUGGCACCAUUAGCAGCAUGUUUAAGCCUUAACAGCCAUUUCCUUUGCAUUGGUUCUGGAUCUUGUAGAUCCUAUUCUUUUAUAUGUAUUUCUAUGCCUUGUGUUCUGGAUUCAUUAAAUGUUUAUAAAAUAUUUGAUUUAUUGAA